CGGAUUCAUCUUUCGUCCUGGAAGUAACUGUAUCCUUUAAAUAAAAUGUUAAAUAAGAUAUAAAUUAUUUUGAAAAGUUAAUGGAAAAAAGGUGUUUUCUUGAAUAGUGUAUAAAAGUGAAAUAAUAAAUAUAAAACAAUCCUAAAGUGGAAAACUGUGUUUGUUUUGGAAAUUAUUGUUUUUUCCAAGUGUUUUCUUGAAGGACCUUCUCAUUUUUAUGAAUGAGUGAUAUGAACUUUUAGAACUUUUAAUAGGAAACUUUUUUAGUGUUUUUUUCGGAUUACAAAUUAAACACUUUUAAAAAUUAAAGGUUGGAAUCUAGAAAAGUGACUCUUGACAGCUCCAUAUAAACACCCACACAACGCAGUAAAGAGAUGGCGAGAAAAUUGAUUUUUCUCUUCCUCAUCCAUGUAUGGCUGGAAGGUUCAUUAGCACAGCAUUCACCAUUUUCUCUUCAAGCAGCCGUAGAUGCACUUCAUAGGCGAGAGGCACAAUUGGCACUUAAGGACAAUUAUAAUGUACCAAUGCGUUAUGGCAUUCCCCCAGCGGCAGUCCAGGAGCAAGAUUACUGGGAUGAUGACACUGAAGCAGGACCCGCAUCUUUUACACCAACACAACACAGUAACAAUCGUCACAAAUUAAAUAGGAUCCUUGCAAAAUAUCUGGCUAGAGAAGAAGAAAAUGCUCGUAAUGUUGGUGGCCUCGGUGGUGCAGGAGGAGGUGCUGGUGGAUAUGAUUUUGACGAUGACAACUAUCUUCCGGAUGAAAAGAAACGGUCAUCAUUCUUUAGAGAGCGAGACGGUAAGGAUGAUCCUUCAGCUGUUCUAAUGCGUGAACCAAAUAAUCAACCCUACGAUCACUCUGAACUAACCGAUCAAUUUCUGAAGGAAAUCGAAGAAGCCCAUGAACUUGACCGUGAAGAACGUUACAAAGAAGCCCUUCGUCGUAUUUGGGAGAGAUAUCAGCAGCAGGAAAAUGAACUCGAAGGCGAUAUAUUUGAAGAUCAAAAACGCAUGACUCCACAACCAAACUACUACAUUGGACCUCUUAUGCAAAAGAAACGAACAUACCCAGUUCUUCCAUGGUUGCCAAUGUCUCGUCGCAAACGUUUUCCAGUGGCCAAACGAUCUCCAAAAAUGCCUUUCGAUGAAUCAUCCAAAAUCAAUGUAGAAAGAGUACCCGAUGAGUUGCGUGAACUUUUUGGCAAACCAAAUGAAGAAAAGAAGAAACGUUCAACCGAUGGUCAGUCAACGGAUGCAACUACAGAGAAAAAGAAUGAAACCAGCACUCAUGCAACUGUCGAACCACAAACUGAACAUCCACCUCAUGGAGGACAUCACCACAAAGAGCACAAACAUCGCAAACGAAGCGAUCAUGUCCAUGAUAGUCAAGAAGAGGACGAAGAAGACUCUGAAGAACAUGAACCAGAACAUGAAGAACACGAAGAGCACGAGGAGGAAGAUGAAGAAGAGCACGAUGACUUUGAGGAUGAAGAUGAAGCUCAGAAGAAAAAGCGAGAAGUUGGCGGCAAACGUAUGCAAAAACGAUCAAACUUGGAAGUGGUAAAAGAGGAUCAAAUUUUGCCAGGAGAUUUGUCUAACUUUCGGGGAAAGAAAUCUAUUCAGUGGUCAAAGUACUUUGGUAUUGAUCGGAGGAAAAAAUCUGGAUACGAUAAUGGAGAUUCUAAGAAACCAGAAUCAAUAGAUGAUGAUGAAACCAAUGAAGACAAACGAAGGAAGAAGAAUAUCGAUCCUGAAAGACUGAACAAUAUGGGCAAAAAGUUGCAAUCAAUCGAAGAUCUUAUUAUCGAUGAAACAGUGAAAUACACAGGUGCUCAUGAAGGAAUUGCGGAUCCAGAAGAAAUAGCUCGUUUAAAGGAUCAUGUUGUUUCACGACUUGCUACAGCUUAUAGCUUAGAGAAAAUGAGACGAGCUCUGGAAAAACUGCGUCAAUCUGUGGAUAAUGAAAAUCAUUUGUUGAGAAAUGUUGUUGAAAGUGAGCCAAAAUCAUCAGAUGACGAUAUUGAUAUUGAAAACCAAAAACGAUUAUCUGUUAAGAAGGAGAAAGUCGAGUUUCAAGGAUUGCACCACUCAAUAAAUACACCAAACAACGAAAAAUCAAAGGACUUACAUGGCAACUCUAUGACAGCCGAUAUCGAUGAAGAUGACGAAGAUAAGAAAAAGAAAAAACAAAAGAAACGCAAUGGAUUUCAACGUUAUCCAGAACUUCCCAACGAAGUCAGUGAAUUCGAAGAAGAAUUGGGUGCUGGUCACUACGAACCCCUUAAUGAUGCUUAUUUAGGCAAUAAGAACUAUGUCCCCGGAUCAUCUAACCAGUGUCCUCUUAUCGAUUCUAUGGCUCAACGAUGCCGAGGUGUUGAUCUUUUAAGUGGUGACAUUAACCAAGAACUACUACCCAUUUGUGGAGUUCAUCAAAUAUGUUAUUUAUGUGGAACAUCCCAAGUGGCAUGUGACUUCCAAUACCUAGCCGAAGCGGACUCAAUCUGCGGUCAUAACAACGAGUGCCAGUCUGCUGCACGAUCAGUUCUUAUGAUACUACGUGGUUCUCCUGGACCACAGCUUGGUCCAAAAGAAUGCAUCAAAAAUCCAUGUCUAAAUCGUGCAAUGAGAGAAAUUGGACUCUAAACUGUGAGUUCAUCAGCAGAAAAGCUUAAAAAAUUUGGAAGUGCAUACAUAUAAAUACACAAGUCUACAA